ACAAAGGCCUUUUGUAUUCUCCAUUUGCAUAUAUAUUUCCUCUUCCUUAUUACAUAUACAUACAAAUAUAUAUAUAUAUAUAAGUUUUGUUAUUUUUCCAUUAUUCAAUAUUUGUUUCGAUCGAUUUCUCGAGAUGACUAUCCUUAUUGAGCAGCAUAACUCGGAUUCAAGAGGGGAGGAGAAAAGGGUGGAAAGGGAGAGGAAUGAAUUGGUGUUGGACGGAGGGUUUGUGGUACCAAAAUCGGUGGCAAGUGAUGGCUUCGAUGCCCCUCAUAUCAAUUUCUUGGGCCAUGCCUUCAGGGAUUAUGAAAGUGUUGUAAGCGAGAGACAGCAAGGAGUUGAGGAGUUCUACCGGCUGCAGCACAUUCACCAGACCUAUGACUUUGUAAGGAAGAAGAGGGAGGAGUAUGGGAGGAUGAGGAGGAUGGAAAUGAGCAUAUGGGAAUGCUGCGAGCUGCUCAACAACGUGGUGGACGACAGCGAUCCCGAUCUCGACGAGCCUCAGAUCCAACAUCUGCUUCAAUCCGCCGAAGCCAUCCGCAAGGAUUAUCCCCACCACGACUGGCUUCAUCUCACCGCCCUCAUCCACGAUCUUGGAAAGGUUCUUCUUCUGCCUGGAUUCGGAGGUCUUCCACAGUGGGCGGUCGUUGGCGACACAUUUCCUGUUGGAUGCGCCUUUGAUGAGUCCAAUAUUCACCACAAGUAUUUCAAGGAAAAUCCAGAUUACUACAACGCUGCUUACAACACCAAAAAUGGAGUAUACAAGGAAGGAUGUGGGUUGGACAAUGUCAUGAUGUCAUGGGGCCAUGAUGACUACAUGUAUCUGGUGGCCAAGGAGAAUGGCACGACUCUGCCGCACGCUGCUCUCUUCAUUAUUCGUUACCAUUCUUUUUAUCCUUUGCACAAGGCGGGGGCCUACACACACUUGAUGAAUGAUGAGGACCGAGAGAGCUUCGAGUGGCUCAAAGUUUUCAACAAAUACGACCUAUACAGCAAGAGCAAAGUUCUUGUAGACGUGGAAGAAGUCAAACCUUACUACCUGUCCCUCAUUAAUAAGUAUUUCCCCGAGAAGCUAAAAUGGUGAAAUAAAUAAUAAAAGAAUUCACGAGUUUUAUUUGGAGAGGAGAUAAUUGAGCACCAUUGGAAAGUGAAUAUCUAAAACUUGAUAUCUGUUUUUCUUUUCUUUUUUUUGGUUAAUCUAAAAGUAUUUUGAUAUGUAAAAAUAAAUAAUUUUAAUAGUACUUUUUAUUUGUCCAUA